UGAAUAGAAGCAGGUUUGUUGUGGUUGUAAGCUUGUUGACCGACGGAGUGGGUCAGUUUCGGAUUCACGCCGAAAAUAUUUCAUCUGUAUUUCUCUUCACGGCUGAUUUUUCAAGAUGUGCCCGGUAGUAUUGUUGGCUCUGCUGUUUAGUCUUUUAAUGUUAUUGUUAGAAGUGACUGCAGCAAUCAAUGUCACGUUUUAUCCUACCAACUUAAAAAAAAUCAUGGAAGAGGAGGAGAGAUCUGUUUAUUUUUCUGUGUCCGAAAAUUCUUUCAAUCAACCGAAUGAGGUAAUAUACAAAGCGAUUUCAAAAGAUCCGGACAUUAUUGUAAUAAAUAAUGGGACUUAUUUCGAUUAUAAUCAUAAAAAUGGAUCAUUUUUGGUUCGAGCUCUGUUCUUGGGAAAAACAUCUAUUCGUGUGGUCCAAGAAGUCAACGGGACUACAAAAGCUAUUUCCCAUCCUUUAGAAGUCAGCGUGGUUCGCCGUGUUAAAGCUAUUUCCCGAGCAUUUACAGCGUCAGUUGCAACUUUAGUUUCUUUAAAUUAUAUUAACAUGGGUUGUGCUCUGGAUUUAAGUGUUGUGAAGGCAGUCUUGAAAAAACCUAUUGCUCCAUCUAUUGGAUUUGUGUCACAAUAUGCUGUCAUGCCUCUGGUUGCAUAUGGUUUAGCUCGAUUAUUGUUUGAUAAUGUCAUUCUUCAGCUGGGUUUGUUCACAUUUGGAUGCAGUCCUGGUGGAGGUGCCAGUAAUAUGUGGACUGUACUAUUGAAUGGAAAUCUCAAUUUAAGUUUGACCAUGACAUUCAUCAGUAAUUUGGCAGCAUUAGGUAUGAUGCCACUGUGGCUUUUUACUUUGGGACGUAGCCUAUUCUCGGAAAUUGCUACUGAAGUGCCUUUCAAGAAUAUUUUACUUUCCUUAGUUUCAAUGCUCAUACCACUUGCAAUAGGCUUAGCCUUUCAGAAAUGGCUUCCUCGUGUUGCAAAGUUUUGCAGGAAAAUACUUGCUCCUGUUUCCAUUUUUAUGAUUCUCUUCAUUAUUGCAUUUGGCACCUAUGCAAACCUUUACAUGUUCAAACUUUUCACCUGGAACAUACUCAUUGCAGCCUCGGCUAAUGUGUGGCUAGGAUUCUUUAUUGGAACCCUGCUUUCAAAAGCUUGUGACCUCAAUCUCCAGGACAUUAUUGCAGUUGCUGUUGAGACUGGGGUCCAAAACACAGGAAUUGCAAUUGUGUUGCUAGGGUUCUCUCUAGAACAACCAGAAGCUGAUCUUGCAGCAGUUGUACCUGUUGCAGCUUCCAUAAUGACACCAUUACCUCUUCUAUGUGCAUACAUCUUCAUCAAAGCACGCAACAAAUAUUUUCCUAAAGCCCCAGAAUCUCAUCUUUAUGUGAUGGAUGAUGAAGAAGAAAAAAAAGUUCUUCCUACAUCAAGUAGUAUUGAUUCCAAAAUCCUGGCAUAGAUAAGAUAAAUAUAAACUAAGGUUAGAUAACUGGCAAAAAAUUUGGAGAACCUUAUUUAAUCUAUACUGCUAUCAAUAGAACCAUUUAGUGAUUACUUGUUAUUGAUGUUUAUUACAAGUAACCACUAACUAUUUCCAACCUUUUUCAUCAGCUAUAAAGAAAUUCCCUUCAGUUGUUUAAAGGAAUAAAAUCUGUUAGAGAAACAAAUUUUGUCCCUUUUAAUGAGCCUGGUAAAAAUAUUUGUACUUCAGAUGAGUAUAAAUAUUUUUGUUAUAAAAGAACUGCACUAAAUUUCAUCUAAAAUAUUUCUAAUGGCAGUAGAACAAAUAGCUUUUUUGUUUGUUUGUUUUCUAAGAAACAUCAUUAAAGUCAGAAAAAUUGCUUUCAUGGUAAGGAAUCAAUUUGAAUUCUAUACUGAAUAAUUAUCUGCUUUGUUAUAACUUACCAUAAUGUAAACUUUUACUCAAUAAGGUAGGAUGUACUGGAAUAGUACUGAUAAAUAAUUACUUUAUAUAGAAGCAAUAAAAAAUUUCCAAGUGUAUUUUUGAAAGAAAUAUUAUAUUUAUUAGGAGUUUCAGUAGGUAGGUAUCUUGGAAGAUUUCAAGAAUUUGUUAUCAUUAAGAGUAAGUUCUCCAAAUUUUAGCCAGUUGAUUUUUAGUGAAAUUCUAAAUACAGUGGCAAGGAAGUAAUAUUAAAUUUUCCAUGUGAUAGUGUUUUGUGCUUUACAAGCAUAAGAGAAGCUAUUGUGCAUGACAGUAUGUACUACAUUGUAGAACAAGGCUUAUAUAUUUAUAUACUUAGUAUCUAUGCUUUUAUUUAGUUGUAAAUGUUUCAUUUUUAAGUAAUCUCCUGUACUUAAAGUAGAUUUUUUAUUAAUAUUAACAAAAGAUAUAUGUCUUAGUGUUAUAUAUUUGGUUGAUUAUCAAAAUAAAAAAAAGUGAGGCAUCGAGAUAUAUUCCUUCAGUAUAUUCUGAGAAGUGUUUGCAUAUUAUAUAUAUAUAUAUAAUAUAAUAUAUAUAUAUAUAUAUAUAUAAACUUAUUGUGUACCAUGAGAACUAUUCCUGCCAUUAGGCGUGAUAGUAAUUGAUGAAAUCAGUAUUUUUUUACCUUUCAAAUGAAUAAGAAAACUGUCUAUUUUUCUGCUAGCUUUCUGUACUUCAUUAGAUGAAUGUUAUUGCCACGAAGAAAUUUUGGGACAAAUGACACAUUCCUGCUUUUGAGACAGUUACAAUACAAUACCAAGUGCAGCAACUAUGUGCAGUGAGGUUGAGAAGAAAUUUUAGCUUUAUCAGAACCAAACUUUCAGGGGCAGGGAGGAAUAUAUGAUGGCUUGUAUUUCAUAUAACAUAAUAUUUAUUUAAUAUACAUAUAAAUGAAAAUUUAGCAAAUGCAAAAUUUUAAACUAAUUUACUCUUUAAAAAUAGUUUGGAAUCCAAGCAGAAAGUUUCAUACAGUGUGUCAUUGGCUGACAAAUGAUUGUUUUCACAAUCGGCAGUGCUAUGGGAAAACUAGAUAAUUUCUUUCACAGUUUUCCAUUAUUGAAAAUGAAUAAAAAUAUUCUUCUAUAUACUUGUAUCAGUAGAUAGUCUGAUACACUGGCAGGAAUAGAUUUCAUGGCAGACAAUAUUUAUUGUGUAUUAUUUUCUUAAUAUAUAUUUAUGUGAUAAGUGACACAAUGUGAUUUCAAAGGUGUUGAAAUGUUGUAAUCAGAUAAUUCCUGGUGAAUUUAGGAAAAUAUUUAUUUAAAUUUGAUGGUAGUAUUUAUUAUCAAAUAUAUAAAAAUAUAUUUUAUUUUGAUUUUUAUUUUUAUCUGUGAUCGAGCUUCUAGACAUUUUUGAGAUAUUAAUAUUGUGCUCUAUCCAGAAGGGUGCAUUUUGCUUAAAAAAAAUUGCUGGUAAAAUAUUUGUUUAAUAACAGAAUAUUUAUUGUGAAUUGACUAUCUGCUGAUAAUGGAGAAAAACUUUAUUUGAAUAUGAAUGUUUUAAUUGUUGAAUCUCUUUCAUUCGCAAAUAGCAAUAGCAUUUACAAAAUUUCAUUUCAAAUAUUUUUCCUUUUGUAAACUUUUAUUCAAAAAAAAAGAUCUAUAGUUUUAUGUUUUGUAAAAGCAAAUUUAAGUAUUUUUAGAAUUCCCAUUUGUUUUGUGUUUUUAAUUAUUUAUAAAAAAAAUUGCAUUUAAAUAUUUAUUUUAAAUUUGAAAGUUAAAAUAUUUUUAUUGAUAUUGGCUUUUUUUCUGAGGCAUUUUGCUUUCUUUGAACUGUUUCUUUUACUUCUGAGGGGGGGGGGGAGACUGCAUUAAAUAAGAAAUCUUAAUGUUAAAAUAUUAAUAAAAAAGUUUGUUGGUUUAUAUACUUUAAAAUAUCAUUACAUUUUGUUUUACUUUAACAUUGAUUAUUAUAUUAUUUUUUUCAUAAGAUAUAAACUUUAUUAUUUAUUCAUUUUAUCAAACAGCAAUUUUUCUGGAUUUCAAAAUCAGUAGGGUUUAAUUGUUAUAUAAAUUACAAAAGUAAUUCCAUAAGGAAGAAAUUGUUAUAUUGUGAGAAAAUUUUAAUUAAUGUAUUGUAAAAUGUCAAAUCGAUUAUCCUACUUACGUGUUAUUGAUUGUUGAAAUGUUGUAUUCUAUUUCAAUUUUAUAAAGUAAUUCAUCGUCUAUUAAAUGUAAGUUUGUGGAAAUAAACAAGCUGUAGGAAUGCCAUUAAGAAAUCAAAUCAUUGAAACUUUCCAUUACAGCAAUAAAGGGCACAAUUCAUCUAAGUAUUAAACUUGUAUUAUUUUUAUGUUAAAUGGAACAGGAUUUCUUGACUAUUUGGUGAAUUAAUGCAUACUGAGAAAACAAAAGGGAUGAAUAGAAAUUUUAUUAAUAUUAAAGCAUAUAGGUUAUGGAUUUAUUUUCUUUUAAAUCCCUCCACAAAAUAAUGAUUUUUUAUGUCUGGAAUAAAAUGUUAAAUUUCUUCCACUCCAGUUUUCAGUUUUGAAAAGAAAUGAAAUUUUUCAAUGUAAUGUAGUUAUAUAAGACUAGACCAUUUAAUGUGCUAUAAAUGUUACCUGCUAGAAUUUAUAGUCUUUUUUUUUUUAAUUUACUAAAAAUUGUUAAAAAAAAAUAAAUUCUAGAUAAAAUCUUAUUUUUUUUUCUAUGUAAGAUAUUACUAUUAAUAAAAUUCUUUUUUCUCUAGCUUUUUUUAUUUAUUAUAUGUGUAGAAAAAAAGAAAUGAGUAAGAGUAUUAAAUUCUUAAGAUGUUUACCCUUAUCAGUGUAAGAAAAAGCAUAUAAGAACAUAACAAAUGAUCAUAAAAAUGAAAAAUAUUGCAAAUAUAAUUUCAAAAACAAUUGAAAAGGUUGAUCCAACCAAUAAAUUUCUUUUAUUAAUUUGAUUGUACCUAUUAUAUUUAAUAUUUGUCCAAUUGUAUUUUAUUUUUAAUGAAUGAUUAAUGUUGCAAUGGCUUGGUUGUCAAGGUGAAUUCUUGACCUGAAGUUUCAAAGAUAAGAAACCCAAUUCCACCAGAAAUCAACCUUGUAUACAAACCUGGCUCAUGUUACAUUGGGGAGAGGAUCAACUGUUUAAUAUUUGUUUACUGAGAAAAUUUGGUGAAAGAGUAAGCUGAUUAUGGCAAAAAAUUUAUGGGUACAUUUCGGCCAAGAAAAAAUUUCGCCAAAUUAUAAAAAUAUACUCAUGUGUAUUAUUAUUUAUUAUGAAAGAUUUUUUGGUUGUCAUGAAAAUCAACAAGUACCAAUUUAUGUAUAUCCCAAUAUAGCUCCAAAAUGGGACAUUGGUGAUUUUUAUAACAAAAACGUCCACCACAAAUAUAUAUACAUAAUGAUUUAUAAAUUUAAGGAACUUGUGAAUUCAUAGUGUGUAAUACUUAAAAGUUAUGUUGUAUACCAUCAGAGUAUAUAUAAGCUCAGAAUAACUAACUUGAUUUUUUUUUUUUUUUUUUUUUUUUUUCCAAAUUUUAAUUUUAGAAAAUCGUGUUUGUUUGAUUGUGCUAUAUUUUAGCUUUGUUAACAGUAUUUUAUCUAGAUAUAUUUAGAAUUAUUAAUUUGAAAUUUCUGUGUAAUUCAAAUUUUUUAGUUUGACUUUUUUUGUAGCAAUGUUUCUUUCUUAGUUUAUAAUUGAAUCUCAAUGAUAUAUUUACUAUCCAUUUUAGACUGAUGUUAGCACAAUUUGUCCCUAGCACAAAAUGACCACCUUUUAUUGUUGUGAUUGUGAAUUUGUUAAAUUUGAAAUUAUACUUUUUUGUAAUCAUUAUUUUUAAAGCACUAAUGAAAUAUUUGUGUUACAGCACAUAUCUUGUAUUUUUUUAAUAAAUGUAUCCCACCUUUCAAUUGUAACAAACCAUCCUCUUCUUUUUGUAUUGUAGUAUAUUAAGUGUGCCAUAUUGCAUUUAUAUAUUUCUGUAUCUCAAUGCAGGAGUUAAAAAAAUUGCAAUAAAUU